AUGGUGGUGCACGAGGAGGGCGAGAUCAUGCCGACAGAACAGGACCCAACGAUGGAGUGCAAGAGAGGGCACCUGGCCUGCGCGAACUGCCGCAGUGAGCACCCCGGGAACCAGCGGCGGUGCCAGAAGUGCGAGCACGGCGGCGGCUUCGACGUGCGCAACACGGCUAUGGACGCCGUCCUCUCCUCGCUGAGGGUGGAGUGCCCACACGAAGGCUAUGGGCUCUCCGCCACUUACCACAAGCUCGCCGAUCACCAGAGCGUGUGCCCGCUCGCGCCCGGCAAAUGCCCCGUUCCCGUCUGCAGCUACGAAGGCCCGCCGUCGGUGCUCCCUCACCACAUCAGCACCGUGCAUCCCAUGACUGUGCACAGGAUCUAG